AUGUCGUCGCUGAACUCACAAAAGGCAGGUGCUCAAGAACAAGCCCCUGCACGCAUAACUCCACCAGCACAAGCCUUCUCCGUCGCGAUGGAACAGCAAUCAGCAACUCCAACGCCAGCUGCAACUCUAGCUCCAACCCCAACACCAAUUCUAUCAGCAGCGCAAGCUACACACCCAUACCCGUCAAAAGACAUCACCAUGACCGAUGUCCCUCCUGAUCGACCUGCUUCCCCAGCAAUUUUACCGAGCACGACGAAUGUUCCCAGUCCAAUACCUGCUAGAGUUGGAACCCCUUCUCGCAAUGUCAAUGGCAAUGACACCAGCUCACGAGCUACGUCCCAGCACCCUGAUCCUACCCCUACGAUGCCCAAGGAAGCCCCGCCACACGGUGCCCCAACAAGACAAUAUUUGAAUAGUAUGGUUACCGGGCCGCUGAUGGAUGGAAUGAAGCUUCUUGCCAAAGAACAACCAAAAGACCCGUUGCGUGCCUUGGGCGAAUACUUGUUGCAGAGGUCGAAGGAAAUUGAGGGGACGUAA